AUGGCGCCCAGCGCAGUCGAGGUCGACAUACAGGCCAUUUCCGCGUAUGGACCUGCUCGCUCCACCGUCAAGGUCGACCACCCCCUCGAUGCAGAGGAAGUUCGCAAGAUGGAAGAAUACUUCAAGGCCAGUCUCUACCUCUGUCUAGGUAUGCUUUAUCUACGCGACAACCCGCUUCUCAAAGAGCCUCUCAAGAAAGAGCAUAUCAAGAAGCGCGUGUUGGGUCAUUGGGGGUCAGAUGCAGGCCAGGCCUUCACAUGGAUUCACAUGAACCGUCUGAUCAAGAAAUACGACCUGGAUGCAUUGUUCAUUUCUGGUCCUGGACACGGCGCUCCUGGUAUCUUGUCUCAGGCGUAUCUUGAGGGCGUGUAUAGCGAGGUGUAUCCAGACAAGACUGAGGACGAGGAUGGCAUGCGCCGCUUCUUCAAGUCAUUCUCGUUCCCUGGUGGCAUUGGCAGUCACGCUACUCCCGAAACUCCUGGCAGUAUCCACGAGGGUGGAGAGCUGGGAUACUCGGUUUCGCACGCCUUUGGAACGGUAUACGACCACCCAAAUCUCAUCUCCUUGACAAUGGUCGGUGACGGAGAAGCCGAAACCGGACCACUCGCCACCAGCUGGCACAGCACAAAAUUCCUCAAUCCCAUUACCGACGGUGCGGUCCUCCCAGUCCUGCAUCUGAACGGCUACAAAAUCAACAACCCCACUCUCCUCGCUCGUAUCAGCCAUGAGGAACUUGAAGCAUUGUUCAUUGGCUACGGCUGGAAACCCUAUUUCGUCGAGGGUAGUGACACCAAGAGCAUGCACCAGUCUAUGGCCGCAACGCUUGAGCACUGUGUCUUGGAGAUCAAGGAGAUCCAGAAGAAAGCUCGAGAAUCCAAGAAGGCAUUCCGCCCCCGCUGGCCCAUGAUUGUGCUUCGUACUCCCAAAGGAUGGACUGCGCCUCGAGACGUCGAUGGAAAGAGACUGGAAGGUUUCUGGCGAUCCCACCAAGUCCCUAUCCCGGACGUCCUCACCAACCCCGAUCACUUGAAGCUGCUUGAAGCAUGGAUGCGCAGCUACGGCCCCGAGAAGCUGUUUGCUGACAAUGGCAAGCUCAUUCCGGAACUCAGAGAGCUCGCACCGACAGGCAAUUCCCGUAUCAGCGCCAACCCUGUUGGAAACGGUGGUCUUCUUCGCAAACCACUAGACCUGCCGGACUUCCGGAAAUACGGCGCCGAGAAGGUCGAACCUGGAAUUUCAAUCGUUGGAAACAUCACUGGCCUGGCAAAGUUCUUACGAGAUGUCAUCGCCAAGAACACAACAAACUUCCGUCUCUUCGGUCCAGAUGAGACUGAAUCUAACAAACUCGCCGAAGUCUACAAGGCAGGCAAGAAAGUCUGGCUCGGCGCAUACUUUGACGAAGAUCAAGACGGAGGUAACCUCGCCACUGAAGGUCGGGUUAUGGAAAUGCUCAGUGAACACACCAUCGAAGGCUGGCUUGAAGGCUAUGUUCUUUCAGGACGUCAUGGCUUGCUUAACAGCUACGAACCCUUUAUUCACAUUAUUGACUCCAUGGUCAACCAGCACUGCAAGUGGCUCGAGAAGUGUCUUGAAGUCGAAUGGCGUGCCAAAGUCGCUUCGCUAAAUAUCCUACUUACAGCCACCGUCUGGCGUCAAGAUCACAAUGGCUUUACGCAUCAAGACCCUGGAUUCUUGGAUGUUGUUGCCAACAAGAGCCCAGAAGUCGUCCGAAUUUACCUACCACCUGACGGAAACUCGCUCCUGUCUGUAGCCGAUCACUGUCUUCGCAGCGUCAACUACGUCAAUGUCAUCGUGGCCGACAAACAAGAACAUCUCCAAUUCCUCUCCAUGGAAGAAGCCAUCGAACACUGCACUAAAGGAGCAGGCAUCUGGGACUGGGCCAGCAACGACCAAGGCGAAGAGCCAGACGUCGUCAUGGCCUCUGCCGGUGACGUAGCAACCCACGAAGCCCUUGCCGCAACUGCUUUGCUCCGCGAAUUCCUCCCAGACGUCAAGGUCCGAUUCGUCAAUGUCGUUGACUUAUUCCGUCUGAUUUCUGAAACUCAGCACCCACACGGCAUGUCCGACUCGCAAUGGAAAGCACUCUUCACAGAAGACAAGCCCAUCAUCUUCAAUUUCCAUUCAUAUCCUUUCCUCGUCCAUCGCUUGACCUACCGACGGCCUGGCCAACAGAACCUUCACGUCCGCGGCUAUCGCGAGAAAGGAAACAUCGAUACUCCCUUUGAGCUUGCCGUGAGGAACGAAACGGAUAGAUAUAGUCUCGCCAUUGCUGCUAUCGACCACAUCCCUCGCUUGCACAAUAAGGCUUCUUCUGUUCGUGAAAAGUUUGUGAACUUGCAGAUUGCGGCUAGGAAUACAGCUUUUGAGGAUGGGCUUGAUUCCGAGGAGAUUCGGAAUUGGAAGUGGCCUUUCCCAAAGAAGAUUUGA